UCCUUAUUGUUUCUAUAGCCUUCCCUUCCAUCUUAAUUCAUUCCUCUAUUUCAUUGAAUCAUCAUCGCUUGCUAGUUUCUAUAUCCUUCCCUUCCAUUUUAAUUUAUUCUUCUAUCCACAAAAGAUCAACAAGCAAUGGGUUCAGUUGGAGAAAUCUAUGAAGCGCACCGCUCGCAAGGUCUAGCCACAGUUCUGGCCAUCGGUACAGUAAAUCCAACCAACUGUGUCUAUCAGCCAGAGUUCCCAGAUUUCUACUUCAGAUCCACAAAGAGUGAACAUAUGACUGAUUUGAAGGACAAGUUCAAGCGUAUCUGUGACAGAUCAACAAUCAUAAAACGUCAUCUCUACAUGACAGAAGAUAUUAUCGCGGAAAACCCAGAAUUCUACAACCCUAUUGCUCCUACACUUGAUGCACGCCAAGAUAUUAUGGUUGUCGAGGUUCCUAAGUUGGCUCAACAAGCAGCCUUAAAAGCCAUCGAUGAAUGGGGGCAGCCCAAAUCAAAGAUCACCCAUGUUGUAUUCACUACCAUUUCUGGUGUUGAUGCACCUGGUGCCGAUUUCCAACUCAUCAAACUCCUUGGCCUUUCACCCACCGUCAGACGUGUGAUGAUGUAUCAUCUAGGUUGCUACGGUGGUGGCAGUGUUCUCCGUGUUGCCAAAGACCUUGCUGAGAACAAUAAAGAUGCUCGUGUACUUGUUGUUUGCUCCGAGUUAAACUCAGUUAGUGGCUUCAAGGGACCUACUGCGACCGACUUCCACACUCUACUUGGGCAAGCAAUCUUCGCAGAUGGUGCUGCAGCUUUAAUAGUUGGUGCAGACCUUGACACAUCAGUUGAACGUCCAUUGUUCCAACUCUUCUCCGCAGGUACUCGAAUUCUCCCAGACUCGGAUGAUAUGGUUGAAGGCCACUUGCGUCAAGCAGGUCUUUCAAUCAGCUUAUCCAAGGAUGUAGCCAAAACUAUCGCUGGGAACAUCGGUAAGUGCUUGGAGGAAGCAUUCAGCAAAGUUGGUAUUAGUGAUUGGAACUCCAUUUUUUGGAUAUCUCACCCUGGUGGCCCAGCAAUUUUGGACCUCAUUGAAAAAACCCUUGGUUUGAAGGAGGAGAAGCUAAAAGCAUCAAGGAAAGUGCUGAGCGAAUUUGGUAAUAUGUCGAGUCCCACUGUGAUGUUCAUUUUAGAUGAGAUGAGGAACAAGUCUAAGAAGGAAGGGAAAGCCACAACUGGAGAAGGGUUUGAUUGGGGAGUGCUAUUAGGAUUUGGACCGGGUCUAACUGUGGAGACAAUUGUCAUGCGUAGCAUUGAUACAAUUUAAUCCAGAUUAGGUCUAAAAUGAUUUAGUUACACUAUACCCUAUGGGUUUUUCGGGCUUUACUGGAUAUAUAGCUCUAUAUUAUGUGCCUUCAUUGCUUUAAUUGUUUGGUCCUUUCAGUUCUUGUAAACACCUAUUUAUGUUUUGAUUUGGUGUUUUAGUUUUCGGCAUUUGUUGUUUAUAAAGGGCGAAGGCCCUCUUUACUAAGUUUCUGUAUUCUUAGAUGUUUAUUUAUUAUUAUUUAAAUAAAAUAUUAUCUUAAAUUUA